GCCGAGCGGCCCGAGGGGAAGGGGCGUGCGCUGGCUCGCGUGUCUGCGCUGGAGGGCGAUGGCGGGGGCGGCGAGAGUCCUGUGGCGGGAGAGCCGCCGCCGCCGCUGCUGGGGCCCAGAGGCCGCUCGAGCGACGGCGCUAGUGGGCUUCCCUCAGCUGCCGGGUUGCAGACAAAAAUCCUCACACAGUUUUCUUAGCCGUCCUGAUAAUCCAAACCUAGCCUAUCACAAGCUAAAAGGCAAGAAUCCUGGAGUUGUCUUCCUCUCAGGUUUUCUUUCAAAUAUGAAUGGUAACAAGGCACUUGCACUCGAAGACUUCUGCAAAUCAGUGGGCCACGCUUUUGUAAGGUUUGACUAUAGAGGCUGUGGAAGUUCAGAAGGCGAUGUUAAAGAAUGUACGUUGGGAAAGUGGCGGAAGGAUGUACUUUCGGUAUUGGAUGAACUCACACAAGGACCACAGAUUUUAGUUGGUUCCAGUUUGGGCGGAUGGUUGAUGCUUCAUGCUGCAAUUGCUCGUCCAGAGAAGGUGGCUGCACUAGUUGGAGUAGCUGCAGCGGCAGACUAUCUAGUAUCAACUUAUCAACAGCUUCCUGUAGAGCUAAAAAAGGAAAUUGAAGAAAAAGGUGAAUGGAAGGUGCCAACCAAGCACAACGAAGAAGGGGUUUAUUCUGUGCCAUAUGGACUCAUCCAGGAAGCAGAAAAUCACUGUGUGUUAACUAGCCCUCUUCCCAUAAAAUGUCCUGUGAGGCUUAUCCAUGGCAUAAAAGAUGAGGAUGUCCCGUGGGAGACUUCUAUGAAGAUUGCAGAACGUGUUGUUAGCACAGAUGUGGAUAUUAUUCUCCGCAAAGCUGGUCACCAUCGGAUGAAAGAGAAGGAAGAUAUCAAACUUAUCAUAUACACAGUGGAAGACUUAAUUGAGGAGCUCAGCACUUAGCAUGAAUUCCCUAAUGAGAGAAGCAGAGGAAGUUUACAUGGGCUCUGUUGCUCAGUCGGGGCAGCAGGACAUUUCAGAGGGUAACUGGUCAGCUAGAUGCACUUGGAGCCCUACCAUGGUUUCCUUGCUUAGUUUUCCUCUCUUUUUUGUAAAUAUUCUUAACGAUGCAUUUGCACAAAUAAUAAUGUGAAGAAAAUGCUGCUGUUUAAACCCUUCUGCUCAAUGCAAAUCACCACUGACCCUUUUAUGCAACAUACAUUUCCUAUAUUUUUGUACCCAGGUAUUUUUGUGCCAAUGAUUACUACUUGCAGUACGGUGUGACUUUUUCACCCUUUUGUACACCUUAAAAAUAAAUAUGCAUUGUAAAGUUUUCCCACUUGAGUUGUGAAAUAUAACUUGACAAGUCAAACUUUCUAGAAAUGUACCUGAAAUAUAUGUGCAAUGUUUGUUAUUUCUAGCAUGAAUGAAUGCACCUGGUUUUCAUAGUGUAGAGAGAAUGUAAGGAGAAAGCAUGCUUAAUAUUGAAUUAUUUAAAAUGGAUUUCAAUUAUUGAUGUACUUCCUAUAAAGGAGUUACAUGCCACUGGAACUGUUUCUUAUUAUUUUUCAACUCAGUCACCAAAGGAAAAGCAAAAACAAUUAUCUUUCCACCAAAGAAGGAACAUGUGUUGGGGGAAUUUCACGUUCAGAAGCCUAAACACAACCGGAAAUUACAGUGAAUGGGGCUUGAUUCCAGCUGUGUGUAGUGCCUAGUAUUUAAGUGUGCUUUACAUGUAAACAAGUCAAAGAUUUCUGUUCCUUUUUGAUAAACUUCCGUGGGUAGUCUGCCAAAGAAGAUCAGAUUUGUAAUGUGGACUUUUGUGUAAUUUCACAAGCCUGAUCUUGUGGUUGUCAAUGCUUCCAUUUGCCAGUGGUGAGGAUCGUCAGGCUUUCCAAAACAGAAGACCUAGUUUGCAAAUAAAAUUCUGUUAUAGGAAUUGCUCUGUGCUAGUUAUAAGAUUGUUACUAGAGAAUACUGUUAGACAUGUAGUCUUGAGGAAGCCAUUCACCAUUGAAUCCUAAGGUUAACAUUUCUCACAGUUCUUGGUUUUUGACUACACAACGUAUCCUUUCUUAGGUGAGGGGAAACAGGUCUUUUAUCAUUCAUUUCUAAUAAUUUUUUUAUAUGUAAAGUUCAUUAUAAUAUUAAAAGAUUUAUACUUGAAGCCACAUUUCUGCAGCAGAAAGGCAGUAUUGCUAGAUCAUGCAACUAAAGGUUCAAAUGUGGGAUGACCUAUUCUGUUGUAAUUCUUGGUUAUAAUUGAAAACCUUAACAGUUGGUUCAUGUUGCUGGUUAUUGCAGGUAGAAUUGCCCUGACUGUAUGGCAUUUCUUCAAAGGAUAUGCUCCCUGUGCACACAGAGGGCCGCUUUACUGGAUUUUACCAGUGUGUGAAAUGCAGAAAAGUAAAACUUUUCCUGAAUAAGUUCUAAAUUAUGGUGUGGUUUGUUUUGCAGCAUUUAACCAGAUCUUACAUUAAGUUCUUACAUGUGGAAACCCUACCAUCUCAGAAGGUGCUAUUCCCGCUGAGACUCUUCAGCAAUUGGAGUUCAGUGGUACACCUUAAAGAUUCGCAGCACAGCAUUUCACAUCUCUAGGGAGGAGGAUGCCUUUAAUUGCAAGGUUGCAAACGUAGUUUUUCAACUUGAGAAUGUGAUGCUACAUGUCAACACAAGCCUGGGUGACCUGAGUUUGAACCUGUCGAAUAACCAUAAGCAUAAGUUUGUAGUGCGCCUGUAGUUUCCUGGUUGACAUUGUACCUUCCUGUAAUCAAGAAUAUUGCAUAAAUACAUCUGAGGACAUUUAUUAUUAUUAUUUCUGAGUACUUGAUAUGAAAACUGUCGCUGAUAAUUUCUACAUUGGGCUACAGCCAGUUAAUACUUCUGAGGUACAAGAAAAAGCCUUUUAUCAUAGCCCUUUAUGCAAUUGAAGAGUUGCCUUUUUCAAUUUGGGUAGAUUUAGUAUCAGCUCUUGGUCUCUUCUAUUUUGCUGUUGUGUAUCUCCACCCCUACUUGUGCUGGUGAGAGGUUGGAGCAUAGAGAAUGGUCCCAUACUAUAGAAAGUCAAUGAUAAAACAGUUAUCUCAAAUUUGUACUAAAAGAAAUGCCAUAUAUAUGGAAGUGCAUGUGUAGUAGAAACUUGUUUUAGGUGCUAGAAAUUAAUCCACCGAAUGGACUUUGAAAGGAAUUAAAUGACGCUGCCUAAACUAUAACCUGAAUUGAACUGUAGUGACAAAAAGUAGCUCUUCGUUAACAUUCUUAUGCAAUUAUUCAAUACGUUUAAUAAUAAAAAAGAGAUGCUGUUCUGAA